AAAGUUUCAAUCUUAAAUCUUAAUGGAGCAGAUUCCAGAUAACAUUGUCACUGAUAUCAGCCCACCACCCACCCAUCCCCCUUUUUUCCUGCCUGCUUUUCAGGUACAACUGUACAUGACUCUCCCACUUGCUUUUCUGUUGCAAAGAUUACUUCACCUCCUCACCUCCCCCUUGAAAUUUCAACUUGCAAUAAUACUCCCCACUCUGCCAAAGUGCUUCAAUUUCAAGAUCUUUGAAUACUUUUUAGCUGAUUCAUCUUUUUCUCAUGCACACACAAAAGUGAAAAACACAUUACACAUGCAAAAUGCUUUAACAUUCCUGAGGGAUUGCCUUAAAGCUUUGACAACCACUACCUUGAGAGUUGAGAGAGCAAUGAGUAAGAAACUAAACAGAUCCCACAAGCAAUGACUCCGGAUCAAUCAGCACAACUUUGGGCCUAUGUUUCAACCUGUUCAGGUUCUAACCCAAACCCAAGACAAGAAACUAGCCCAUGAAGUCAUGACUGCCCCUACCCCACCAUGAAAGAAAUGCUCCAUGCGUAUUUUUAAGGCUUCGUGUUGAUGAAACACUAGGAGAUUGAAGUCGGUACCCGUCACUCCUCCGUCAGGCAUCCCGCUCCGAUCUCUUUCAUUAGGUAUUUACUUAAAGCAAAAAUGUCACAAGCAAAUAAUGUUGAGGAUGUAAAGCAGAAGGAGGUGGUGGAUGACAGUGAAAAGAAUCAAGUUGAUGACGACAAGGCUGAUGAUCAAAAAGAUCAAAUUUUGGGUGAAGAGGAUGGUGCUGUCAUAGAAGAAGAGGUGAACGAUUCACAUGAAAACAGCAAAAGUCCCAUGCCCUCAGCCCAAGAGGAGGAAGAAGCAAUCAAGAAAAAGUAUGGAGGACUAGUACCUAGAAAACCUCCUUUAAUAUCCAAGGACCAUGAACGUGCAUUCUUUGAUUCUGCUGAUUGGGCAUUAGGAAAGCAAGGAGCGCAAAAGCCUAAAGGACCACUGGAAGCGUUGCGCCCAAAAUUACAGCCCACCCCACACCAGCAGAUGCGUUCAAGACGCUCAGCUUAUGCACCUGCAGAUGAUAGUGAAGGAGAUGAUGGCAAUACCACAACUUCAUCUUCCGAGGAUCAAAGCUGCAGAUUGGAAGGUGACAGUGGCAACACCAUUUCAAAGGAGGACGAGACACAUGACAUGAGGGCGUAAGAGAGCUUGGUUCACUUUCAGAUUCAGUGGUGCUUUCGAUGAACCUCAUGAACAUGCAAAAUGUUCCUUUUUCGAGAAUUUUCUUCCCGGCAGAAAGUGGGGUUUGGUAAACCCCGUAUAUUUAUGUACUCCAAUUGAUACAACUUCCCUUUUUGGUCUUUUUCUUGAUAAGCAAACGAUUGACAGCAUCGAGCUUCAUCAUUAUAAGCAUAAGAACAUUCCUUCGAACCUUUCCUGUUGGAGUAAUAAAUGGAGUUACUGAUUCAUUUUAUA